CAUACACAUACCCAUCUGUCUACGUGAAUAACCUAGGUACAAACGUUGCUCGAACCUUAAAGAUAAAAUAUAAGUCCCGCCAGGUGACGAAGUAGAGAGAAAAAAAGAAGAAAAUGGACGACGCGGACCAACUGCGGGCGGACAAGGAGGUGGAGCUAGAAACAGCCAGAGUCACCGUCAAGAACGCGCAAGUGACGGUCAAGGACGCGCACGACUGGGUGCAUGCGCUGCAGGCGAGGAAAACGUCAGACGGGGGGAUGGUCAUGCCAGGACCGUACAUGAUCGCCAACCUGGACCGGGUGCUCGCGACAGCGUGGGACUCGCUCGACACCGCAGUGGAUGCGAUAUCAGUCGCGGAAAAGUUCCCGUCCGCGGACGCGGAAGAGACACUCGGCGGCGCAUUCAAAGAAGCGGUGAAAGACACGCCGAUAUUCCGCGAUGUGAUCACUUAUUUGGAGGAAUUCAUUCUGGAGUGGAGCCAUAUGUUUGACCGCGGCACGGGACGCAGGGUGAAGGCGUAUGGGUCUGAUGUGAUCGAGGCGAAGGCCAGGAAGGAGCUGGCGAAGCUUGAUUGGAAGGAGUAUGACUCGUCGCCGGUUCCAACAGAGGGAAGCUCCGUCUCCUCGAGUGAUGCGGAGGAACCUGAUCCUGUGCCGCAACCUGUCAAGCCUCUCCCGCAGCCUGUCCCGCAGCCUGUCCCUCAACCUAUCCCGCAGAUUAUCCAGCCUGCCCCGCAGCCUAUCCCGCAGCCUGUACCGCAGCCUGUACCGCAGCCUAUCCCGCAGGUUUCCCCACAGCUUAUCACGCAACCUAUUCCGCAACCCGUGCCUCGUGUGCCGGGCCCGGUGCCCGCGCCGGAUAAUGGUGUCAUCGGGGGAGGGGAUGGUGGGUUACCUGCUCCGGGUGAUGGUAAUGUUGCGCCUGGGGGUCUAUCAAAGAAGAAGGGGGGCCUUGUCGCAUAUGAUGACGACGACGAAGAUGAAUAUAAAUGGUACGAUGAUGAUGAGGAUAUGAACGGUGGUGGUGGUGGGCAGGAUGGAGACGGAAGUGGGAGUGGGAGUGGAGAUGGGAGCGGGAGCGGGAGCGGAGACGGAGAUGGGAGUGGGAGCGGAGAUGGGAGUGGGAGCGGUGAUGGGAGUGGGGACGGUGAUGAGGAUAGUAGCGGAGACGGUGAUGAGGAUAGCAGCGGGGACGGAGAUGAGAGUGGAAGCGGGGAUGGGGAUGGGGGCGAUGGGGGAGAUGGAGAUGAUCAGAUGCAAGUUGACGAUGAUCAGAUGCAAGUUGACGAUGAUCAGAUGCAAGUUGACGAUGACGACAUGGAUGAUGAUGAAGAUCACGACAUGGAUGAUGAUGCGGAAGAUGAAGACGAUCAACCCGGUGAUGACGUGCCGUCUUCGUCUUCGUCUUCAUCAUCAUCAUCAGAUGCUGGUGCUCCUGCUCCUCCUCCACCCCCCGGCCCUCGCCGUCGUAACCGUCGUGGCCGUCGAGGUGGCCGUCGUCGUCGUCGUCACCGUCAAGAUGGAACCCGCGUGGGAAAUCCCGGUCGUGGGAGCGCCAGGUUUAGGCUCAUCAGAAUGGGCGAGGGUUACGCCCGAAGAUUGCCCAGGAAAAGAUAAAGAUCCUAGCGAAAUGUGAGCGGCUUUUUAUGAUACUUUCAAGGCCUCGAGCUCAGUCCGAACUGUCAUCCAUGAGAGGGUAUGAUAUGUUGAUACAAUAUUGUUUCGGAGAUUUACAGACUCGUAUAUAGAAAGGGGGUCAACGCCAGCGCGUGUAAGAUUGUUAUGUAUUUAAUCUACAUAAGUACCUUAAUUUGAGCGACUUAUGCUAUAAUCAAAA